ACCGCCGCGAGAGGUUAGUGUGGAUGGGUGCGUGUUGCCGCGCGCGCCGUCGCUCGUUGUGAGUGAGGUCCCAGCGCGUUGUUUGUGUCUCCGCGGCGUUGGAUAUAAGGAUAAAAGGCGGAUAGCACGAAACCCGAAGUGGAUAUAGGGAAACGUAGAAAGCGGAUAAUCUUGGAAAACCCUUUCUAGUGGAUAUGAGGAAAGUAGAAAGCGGAUAGUGAGCAACCCCUUCCGUUGGAUAGAAGGAAAGGCGCUAACUUCCCCUACCUAAGUGUUAUACAAAACGGAUAGUGCGUGUGGAUAGUCUGUUGCGAUUUGUGGAAAAGAACCGGAGAGUGGGAUACAUACCACGGAUGUUUUGCGAGUGACGAGCGGAUAUGUGGAUUUUUGUUUCAAUAUCCGUUAGAACAAAUGGGUUUAUGUGGAUCUGUGUUGGCAUCAAUUAGUGGAUAGUUUUUCACUGAUUUUUUUUACAUACAACAGCCAUUUCCCGUUAUGUAUCAUUAGUUUAAGCGGAUAUUAUUCUUGAAAAGUAUUUAUACAGUGUUCGUUGAGGUAGAUUACAGUGAAUAUCCGUUAUAAGGAAAAAUAAAUGCUGUUGGAUACAGUGAAUACCGUUAUAGUAUAGUGGAUAUUGGAGGUGAAGAAAAUAAAUAUAGUGAAUACUGGAUAUAGUGAAUAUUCGUUAUAGCAUGGUGAAUAUUUCUAGUCUAGAGAAAACAUCGGUAUAAGAAAGCAUACGCUUUGGGAUAUAGUAAAAAAAGAUAAUAAUCAUUGUAGCGCAAACACGUUGUUGCACACAGCGACAUAUUCUCGCGGGAGCAGAGCAUAAGACCAACAAACAAACAAACCAAACGCUACGCUCCCUUGGCGAAUUGACUGUCCUCGAAUAUUUUCUCAGUGAGGUUGUUGUCUCCCCUCCCCUCCCCCCUUCUUUCCAUACUCCUCCUCCCCCCUCCCCUUCCCCCCCACAUUAACCCCCUCCCCCCAUUCACGGAGCAGCCACGUGGUUGGUCAGCGGUCAGAUCUCAGGUGGACUAGCAUGGUGAAGGGCACGACAAGGGUGGCGUCCCCGGCAAGAUGACCCAGACGAUACACUCCCACCCUCACCCACAGGGACGUCCACCCCCGCCCCUGCUCCAGCCCCGCCCACAGCCCAGUGUAGUAAGGAGGACGCGUAUCGAGUGGGCGUGGCGACAUGCAGUGUUGUGGGCGUUGGUGGCCGCGGUGUGGUGCUGUGGGCGCGGUGCGGGGGGCAGCAACGGGGAGAGCGUGCGUUUCUCCCGCCCACAGUACAACGCCAGCGUGCCCGAGAAUGCCCUGGGCAACACGCCCGUGGUGAGCGACGUGAUGAUGGGCGUGCGCAUCACCGACCCCUCGCUCAGGAUCCGCUACCGCAUCACGGAGGGCGAUAGCCAGAACUUCUUCCGUGCCGCCGCGCGCGUCGUCGGCGACUUCUGCUUCCUGGAGCUGAGCGUGCGCACCGGCAACCAGCGCGUGCUCAACCGGGAGUCCAAUGACCUGUACAAGCUCAAGGUGAAGGCGCAGCACCGGCGCCACGACCGCACCAAGGAGGACCUGCCCGGCGCCGUCACCGAGGUGUGGGUCACCAUCACGGACCUCAACGACCUGUCGCCCUUCUUCCUGAUGGACGAGUACCGCGUGCGCCUCAGCGAGGACACGCCCCUCCACGCGUCCGUGGCUCGCGUCAAGGCCGAGGACCCCGACGCGGGCCUCAACGGCCAGAUCUACUACAGCUUCAAGGAGGACACGCCGGUGUUCGCCAUCCACCCGACGUCGGGCGUCGUCACGCUCACGCGGCCGCUGCGCUUCCUGGAGCAGGCCAAGUACCAGCUGACUGUGCAGGCGCAGGACCGCGGGCUGCGGCAGCGCGGCGGCUGGCCCGCGCUGGCCCGCCUCUUCGUCAACGUGACGGAGGAGAACGUCUACGACCCCGAGAUCCUGGUGACGAAGCUGCCCGAGGCCAUGUCGCGCGCGCACCUUUCCGUGGUGGCCAUCAUCAACGUGGUGGACCAGGACCGCGGCCCCAGCGGCGAGGUGCGCUCGCUGGAGAUCGUGGAGGGCGACCCCGACCGCGUGUUCCGCGUCCUGCCCAGCUCGGGCGGUAACGAGUUCAACCUGGCGGCGCUCGACACCAUCGACUGGAGCGACACGCCGCUCGGCUUUAACCUCACGCUCAAGGCCACCGACGGCGGCACGCGGCCGCGCUUCAGCUACAAGGUGGUGCGUGUGGCGGCGCCGCCCACGCCCGAGGAGGAGGCCGCCUUCACGCAGGAGGUGUAUGAGGCGGAGGUGAGCGAGGUGGCGCCGCUGGGCACGCGCGUGCUGCAGGUGGGCGCGUGGCUGCCCGGGGCGCAGCGGCGCGUCAAGUUCGACAUCGUGGCGGGCAACAAGGGUGGCCAGUUCCACAUCGACCCGACGUCGGGCGUGAUCACCACCACUUCGCUGCUCGACGCCGAAACGCGCGACGCAUACACGCUGACGGUGGCGGCCACGACGCCGUCGCUGCUGACGUCGCAGCGCCAGGCGGCCGCCAAGGUCAUUGUGCGUGUCAAGGACGCCAACGACAACACGCCCAUGAUCGUGGCGCCGCAGGGCGUGGUGCGCGUGGAGGAGCACCAGCCCACCGGCACGUGGGUGACCAAGGUGCGCGCUCAGGACUACGACUCCGGCGAGAACGGCUACGUGUCGUACAGCCUGGCCAACGCGAACGACGUGCCCUUCUCCGUGGACCACUUCACGGGCGAGGUGCGCACCACGCGCGCCCUCGACUACGAGACGGAGCGACGCACGUGGCGCCUGCGCGUGCGCGCGUCCGACUGGGGAUCGCCGUACCGCCGCCAGAGCGAGAAAAUCAUCACGGUCCACGUGGAGGACGUCAACGACAACCGGCCGCAGUUCGAGCGCGUGUCGUGCAGCGGCUUCAUCGACCGCUUCACGCCGCUGGGCUCCGAGAUCUUCACGCUGUCAGCCGUCGACUUCGACCAGGGCAACAUCAUCAGCUACCGCAUCGUGGGCGGCAACGACGACCGCUGCUUCUCGCUCGACUCCACCUCGGGCGUGCUCACCCUCACGUGCGACCUGCAGGACCUGCUCACGCCCGAGCGCAUCGUGAACGUCACGGCCACGGACGGCCAGCACUUCGCCGACACGCUGCCGCUUCGCUUCCAGCUGGUCAAGCAGCAGAACCACGUGGGCGGCUCGUGGGCGGAUCUGGAGUGCCGCGAGAUGGGCGUGGCGCAGCGCCUGGCCGAGCAGCUGGCCCGCGCCGCCAAGAACAACCUGAAGGACGACUCGCUGCUGCUGCUGACGCCCCCGCCGCCCGUAGUCAACGCCCACGCGCCCGAGCUGCGCAACAUGCCGCUGGAGGUGCGCGUGCGCGAGAACAGCGAGCCGGGCACCGUGGUGUUCAAGGUGGACGCGGAGGACGAGGACGUGGGCUACCCGGGCCACCUGGUCUACUCCAUCGUGGAGGGCAACGAGGAGGCCGUCUUCAUGAUGGACAUGGUCACGGGCGAGCUGACCGUCGUGGGGCUGCUGGACCGCGAGCGGCUUGCGCGCUACACGCUCAACCUGACGGCGUCCGACCUGGGCGACCCGCGGCGCAUGGCCUCGCGCCUCGUCACCAUCACCCUCGUCGACGAGAACGACAACGCGCCGCAGUUCGACAAGCCCGCCUACAGCUUCUUCCUGCCGGAGAACGUCGCCAACGGCACCAGCGUGUACGAGCUGCGCGCGCACGACCCGGACGAGGGCAGCAACGGCGUGGUGACCUACAGCCUGGCCACGGACACCAAGGACUUCCGGCUGGACCCCGUGACGGGCCGGCUGAGCGUGGCCUGGCCGCUCGACCACGAGACGCACGACGUCUACGAGCUGCGCGUCGUGGCCACGGACGGCGGCGCCCGCUCCGCCCACGCCUACGUCACGGUGCAGGUGGCCAACAUCAACGACUGCCCGCCCGUCUUCCCCAGCGACAGGAACACCGCCAUCAGGAUACCCGAGGACCUGCCUCUGGGCGCCCUUGUCACCCUAGUGGCCGCCCACGACCCGGACUCGCCCAAGCUGCGCUACUCGCUGGUGGGCGGCCACGAGGGCGUCUUCAGGAUCGACGAGGACACCGCCGCCCUGCGCCUCGCCGCCCCCCUCAACUACGAGACGCGGCCCGCCUACAAUAUCACCGUCAGGGCCACGGACGACGGCACGCCCCCGCUCGCCGCCAUCACCUACGUCAUCGUGCAGGUGGUGGACGUGGACGAGAACGUGCACGCGCCAGUCUUCGGGCAGGACGUGGCGGAGGCGGCUGUGCUGGAGUCCUCUGCGCCCCACACCCUCGUCGCGUCGGUUCCCGCCCUCGACGCCGACCUCAAUCCCGCCGACGCGGCCGUGACGUAUUCGCUGGUCGGGCCCGAGGGGAGGGGCGUCUUCUAUAUCGAUCAGAAGGGUGACAUCUACACGUCGUCAUGGCUGGACCGGGAGACAGCGUCCAGGUAUUGGCUGAGCGUCCGUGCCCAGGACUCCGGCACCGUGCCCAAGCACGCCACGCUGCACGUCUACGUAAUGGUGGAGGACGUGAACGACCACCACCCGCUGAGCUCGUGGCCCGUGUACUGGCCUGGCGUGGCCGAGAAUUCGCCUCCAGACACGGUGGUGGUGACCGUCGAAGCCACGGACCCCGAUCCCUCCGCGAAUAUCACCUACGAAAUCUCAGGAGGGAACCCGCAGUCUAUUUUCACCAUCGACGCGAAAACGGGCGAGAUCCGGACGACGGGGCGGCAGCUGGACCGCGAGCAGCACGCCGAGCACAUGCUGGAGGUGACGAUCCGCGACGGCGAGGACCCGGCGACGUCCCUCUCCUCCGUCGCCUACGUCGCCGUCAACGUCCUGGACGAGAACGACCACGCCCCGGCCUUCCUCGAGAGCCUGUACAAGUUCUCGGUGCCCAUCCUGCCGCGGCCGCCCACGCACAAGGACAAGGAGUACGUCGAGGACAUGCCCAUCGGAAGGAACGCCUCCUCGCUCGAUGCUGACUACUUCCUCCCAUACGAGAAUGCGAGGGUGUGGGCGUCUUUGGGCGGAAGGGUGAGAGAGAAAGAAAAGGAGGAGGAGGAGGCAGAGGAAGAAGAGGAGGAGGGAUCAGGAGCGAUGCCCUACUCCUUGAAGGGCCUCUGGACUCCCAUUCCCCAUGUGGAGACUUUGGAGGACCAGCAGAUGGUGGAGGAGGAGGUGGAGCGGGAGUUUGUGCCUAUCUGUAGGGUCGUGGCCGUGGAUGAGGACGAGGACGACAACGGCGACAUCACCUACAGCAUCGAGGGCGACCAGUGGCUCGGGACGUUCAAGAUCGACAACAAGACGGGCAUCAUCUCCGCCAAGGCCGGACUCAACCCUGAGGAGGACUACGAGUUCACGGUCCAGGCCAUAGACAACGGUCGUCCUCGAAACGCCAGCUCCUGCCUGGUGGUGAUCGACGUCGUGCCCGUGCCCGAGGACUCGAAAAACCCGCCGUCGAUCCUGGAGGAGGCGGAGGCGCGGGUCACGGUGCUCGAGAGUGACCCCAUCGGCCAGCACGUGACCCUCAUCAACGCCCGAGACGAGGACGGGGACCGCGUGUGGUUCGAUAUUAUAGCUGGCGACGACGAGUACAAGUUCGCCAUCGGGAGGGACACAGGCAGCAUCAUGUUGGCAGGAAAGUUGGAUGCUGAGAAGAAAUCCCUGUACAACCUCACUAUUGGAGUCACGGACGGCGUCUACACUGUCACCAGCCAGGUGAUCGUCUCCGUCCUGGACGUGAACGACAACCGGCCGGCGUUCUCGGAGCCCACGUACGAGGUGGAGGUGGGCGAGAACACCUCCCCGGGCACCACCAUCGCCACCCUCACCGCCUCCGACCCCGACUCCGACAAGCACCUCACCUUCACGCUCGUCAACACAGCCCACGUCGCCUCCGCCUCAAAGUUCAUGGUCAGCCCGGAGAGCGGGGACAUCGUUCUGUAUGAGCCGCUAGACAGGGAGGUGCAGGAGGUGCACAUCCUGACCGUGUGCGUGAAGGACCGCAUCAUCCCCAUCAAGAGCGACUACGCGCGCGUGAUCAUCCGCGUGCGGGACUACAACGACCACGCGCCGCAGUUCCUCGCCACCCUGUACAACGGCACGGUCACGGAGACGGCGGCGGUGGGCACGGCCGUCACGGAGGUGGUGGCCAUCGACAGGGACAAGGGCGUCAACGGGGAUAUUACGUAUUCCAUUAUCUCAGGCAACAUUGGGGGCGUGUUCAGCCUCCAUCCCUCGACGGGCAUCAUCACCCUGGUACGCAACGUGGAUAGACAGGAGAUGCCCGAGUACUGGCUGGCUGUGCGGGGAAGUGACAACGGAUCGCCGCCCAAGCACUCGCACGUCAAUGUGAACAUCCAUGUGAAGAUUGCUCACGGGGCUCCGCCAAGGUUCCUGAAGAAGGAGUACGUGUUAGAGGUGAGCGAAAAGGCCCACGUCGGGGACUACCUGGGUAUCGUGGAGGUGGAGAGCCGCCUCGGCGUGGUGUUCUCCCUCAACGUGGACUCCAGGCGGAUUCCCUUCGCCAUCAACCCUUCUACCGGAACCGUGUCCCUCGACGCCCCUGUGGACUACGAGAAGAGCCAGUCCUACAACUACACUGUGUUUGCGUCGUCGAUGAACGGGCAGGAGUCAACAGCUCACCUGGUGAUCAAUGUCUUGGACGAGAACGACAACCCUCCAUACUUCACCCAGAGCAGCUACGUGGGCCACAUUUCCGAAGCGGCCGCAGUCAACUCAGUCGUCCUGAUGGAGGAUAACACCCCCCUGGUCAUCUCUGCCAAGGACAAGGACUCGGACCAGAAUGCCAACCUGGUGUUUACCAUCUUGGAAGAGGAGGCGAGGAAGUACUUCGCCAUCGACUCCUUCGACUGGUGCUAUAAGGACUGUCGGACCUUUGGAUCACGAAGUUGUAUCCAAGGUGACCUUCAGUGUUAAGGUCCAUGACAACGGCCACCCGAGACUGUGCGCUUCUACCACUGCCACGGUCACCAUCACUAUCACUGACAUUAACGAUGUACCCCCUCGGUUUCUGCUGCAGGAGUACAAUGCUUCUUUACUCAUACCCAC